AUUAUAUAAAAUAAGUAUAGAAUAUUUUGUUAACAAUUGCUCUCGAUGGAUGAUUUUUAAAGACGGUGCAUCACAGAUGAUGGGGUUAUCGCCCUCUCUUUAGUGGUACGGUCUCAGGGAACUUUUCCUACGAUGCGAUUUGUGCGACUUGACAAUUUCAUCAUGUAUGCAAACGAACAGGAACAAGCAAAGCAAACUGUAACUCUCCGUCAAAAGAAGCUAGCCCGGAAAAAGGCAUUUGGUCUGUUUGAGGCAUCUAAACAGUUAAAAGCACAUGUUGGUGGGAGGCAGUGGGUGUGUUGUGGCCUUAACUUCAGUAUACCAAAAACAAUGCACACUCAUGUAGCAAAGCAGCACUGUGAUGAGAUAAAUCAUAAAGUUGAAUAUCUACUACAAUAUCCAAAGUUACUCACAGGUAGACAUGUUGUUCAUAAGGAAGAUGCACAAGCUAAAAUGCCACCCACAAACUAUGACAAGAGUCAUACAUUUCCAUGGUUACCAAGUGAAUAUGAUAUAGAGCAGAAGAUGAUGUCAGAGCCUGAGGGUUGCCAGGUUCUCUUGUUUUAUAGAUACUGCCAUCUUGAAGAUCCACAUGAUAUCUGUAGCUGGCAACAAGAGUUCUGCCAAAGACUUAAACUCAGUGGAAAGAUCCGCAUUGCAAAUGAGGGAAUAAAUGGAACUGUAGGGGGCAGUGUUGCUGCAACUCAAAUAUACAUGGAUGCAUUGAUUUUACAUCCCGCUUUUCUAAACAUGAGCAAAGAAGAUUUCAAAACAAGUAAAGGAAGUGCUGAAGAUUUUUCAAAAGGAUUAAUGGUCAGAGUUUGUAAUGAAAUUGUACAAAUGGGUAUUGAGCCAUCAGAAAUCAGCCAUAUUGAUGGAGGAAAUCACAUCACUCCAUCUGAAUUUCAUCAGGAAUUAGAGAGAACCAAAAAUAGUUCUUCAACAAACGAUACUUUAUUUGUAGACUGUCGAAACUAUUAUGAAAGUAAUGUAGGGCGGUUUGAAGGUGCUUGCACACCAAAUAUUCGUAAAUUCAGUUAUUGGCCAGAGUAUGUCGAUCAGAAUCUGUCUUUAUUUGAAGAUAAGCGUGUCGUGAUGUACUGUACUGGAGGAAUUAGAUGUGAACGAGGAUCAGCGUAUUUACGUUCAAAGGGAGUUUGUAAAGAUGUUGUGCAACUAAAGGGAGGAAUUCACCGAUACAUGGAGGAAUAUCCUAACGGAUUAUUUAAGGGAAAACUAUUUGUUUUUGAUGACCGGUAUACUAUUUCAAGUAAUGACAGUGUCGUUGCAGAAUGUUCCUACUGUAAUAAACCAUUUGAUCAGUAUCAAUCAUGCAGCACACAACACUGUCACCAGCUUGUUUUGUCCUGUGACCCAUGUCGUCUGCUUGGAAAAACAGCCUGCUGUGAGGUGUGUCAAGCGAAAGCAGCGACAAGUGAUAAGGGAUGCAAGAUGGAGGAAGAAUGUACAUGUACAAAAACACGAAUGAGAAUACCAAAUCAAACAAGUAACACAUAAAAUAAUUAUACAAUUAAUUAAAUUAUGAAGACUGUGUAAAGGAAAAUAUUUGUGAUUAUCAAUAAAUGAUUUUAUACUAACGAUAUUAAAA